AUGAAUCACCUUAGUCCGAAAGUCAAUCCUAGGGAGUUAACGAAGGAAGAAUGUGAAACUAUCAUGAGACUCCACGUGGAACUGGGAAACAAGUGGUCAAUGAUUGCAAGGAUGCUUCCAGGAAGAACAGAUGACCAAAUUAAAAGCUAUUGUAGAAUGAUGGGUCGAAAGAGAGCAAAGCUGAGCUCCACUCCCGCAUACGUGGCCGAGUUCACUGCUGCCUCGUUCUGUCUCAACAACACCGACAUUGAUAUUGAUAGUGAGGAGUCGGUACAAGAGCUAAUGGGAGAGAACUUUGAUCGGGAGUGUGCUUUCUGGUCUGCUGCCGAUUACCUGUAUUAUGGGUCUUCUCUUGGAUCGGUCCCUGUUUCAUGCUUGUCUCUAUACAUAUUCCAUCGCUGCAUCUCCGUUGCUGAAUUCCAUAUUAUGGUCAUGGCUAAAGAUGAGUGGGUGAGGGCGGCGAUGACGGAUGACAUGGUGGUGGUGGAACUGCUAGUAAGGGUGUUCCUUCUCAAGUGGGGGAUGCGACAGCCGGGAAUGAGGCUCGCGGUGCUGUGGCAUUGA